AUGGACUUGGACACUCUUAUUCUCGAAGCGAGUGUCGCCUUUGAAGAGGCGCUACUCAAGAAUCUUGAGAACGAGUCUCUUUGGCUAGACUACUACCAAGCCAAUGAAAGCAGUCUAGAAAGAAGUAUCUUUAUUUUGGAUCGUGCAGUUUCCAGUCUCCCUGCCUCCUAUACAUUAUGGAACGUGUAUCUCCUGCUACCCUGGGGUGAAGAAGAUGGAGAUAUCCUACUACAGUUGUAUCAAAGGGCACUACAGACGCUCAAUAGUGAGCCCGGAAUAUGGCUACGCUACCUUCAAUUAGUUAAAUCAAAGAAGGACUUUUCUGCUUACGGCAGCGCACUAGACUUGGCACUAAACAAUUUGCAUGCUAGUCAUCAUGCCGACCUAUGGAAAUCCUACCUUGGAGUGGCCAACUCUAAGCGUGGAAGUUUUGGAGCCAAUGUGUAUAAGCGAGUCUUUCAGAUCCAAGCUACUCAGAGAAAUCCUUUUCCUGUUGAUAGGUGUGAAUGUGUGCUCAAGGUGGCUCAAUUUGGUGAUCUCAACAGCGCAUUGACGCUUUACUCGCAGAUUCCAAGAAACGAAAUCAAGAAUGCCGAACAGGACUCUUAUUUUGUUAGCAUAUUUCUUGACCUUUUGAUCUCUCACGGUUCGUUUGCUGAUCAUGACUAUCUCGAGCGUAUAGCUCUUGAUGCUGCUUUGGACUUACCAGAGAAGAAAGCAAAAUUUGUUUUGAAAAUAGCUAUGUACUAUGAAAAGAGGUUGGUGUUUAAUAAAGCUCGCCACUACUUCAAUCUUGCUUUGCUUCAGGCAACAAAUAUGAAGGCACUCGCACUCACAUUCGAGCAAUACACCGACUUUCUUGAGCACGAAAUUAUUUCUCUCAAAUCCAAGAAUCUAAUUGAUGAAGCAGAGAUGAAACUCAGACUCUACGAAAAUUUUGUCGAGCAACAAAAAAUUUUAGCCAACGACAUGCUUUUACGAACAGAGCCCAAUAACGUUGACUUAUGGUUAGACCGGGCUGAAAUCUUCAGAGGUGAAAAGAAAACGAACGAAAUUAUUGCUUCUCUUGUUACUGCUAUCAAAAGUGUGAACCCGUUAGAAGCACACUCGCGAAAGGGAAAGUCUCUAGCUGAUAUAUGGAGUUGUUAUGCCAAUUUGUACAUAUCCCUGGGUGACAACAACACAGCUCGUUUAAUUUACUCGAGAGCUGUAAAAUCUCAGUACAAGUCCGCAGAUGAACUAGCCAAUAUUUAUAUUAUGUGGUCCGAGCUUGCGUUAGAGUCGUCGGAUGACGAGGCUUUGGAGAUAGUGGAGCAGGUCCUCUACACGAUCCCUUCAAACGCAAGUGAAAUUGAAGUGGAUGAUAUCUCACGACCAAUUCAAGAACGAGUUUUCAAAUCUGUUCAUCUUUGGAGCUUCUACAUUGACCUUCUCACAUCCAUGAGCCACGAAGACAAGCUCACAAAGAAAUUGCGAUCAGCCUAUGAAGCAAUGAUGAGCCUUGGAGUGAUUACACUAAGAUUGGUUUUUCAAUACGCUGAUUUUGUUCUCGCCCAAAAGGAUUAUGCCGGAGCUUACUCAAUUUACGAAUUGAGCAUCUCGAAGUUCAACUCACCUACGCCAUGCUUCAAAAUAUGGAUGGCAUACCUCGAGAAAAUUGUCUCAGUCGAGAAGGAAGAGUCGAAAAUUCUCGAUGUUUUUGACAGGUGCCUAGCAUCUAAUCUUCCAGGUCACCUCAUCGCUGAUGUCUUCAAGAUGUAUUCUCAAUUCUUGCAAACAAGAGGUUCUUUGGCAAAGAGCAUUAAAAUACUCUCACAAGCGGUUGAACGUCUCUCACAAGCAUACUCUCAGAAGACGAUGUCGACAGAAAAUGCAUAUAAAGUAGUCGAUGAUAAAUACGAGAUUUAUCUUAUUCUCUUCGACUCGAUCUCACUCAAGCUUAAGGAUGUCGAUCUAUUACGUUCUACUAUCACCAAUGCAGUCCAAGAUACGCAGCUCUCGCUCCCUAUGGUCAUCGAGCUUUCUCUUAAGUAUGCGAGAUUCGAGCUGGAUUUGGGCGAGAUUGGACGGGCCAGAGCUUUACUCAAACACGCUUCUUCAUUGGCUCACCCAAGCUCUCGACUGAUGGAGCCUGUUUGGAAGGAGUGGACGGAGUUCGAAGCAAGGAAUGGCACUGAGUAUACAUACAAGGAUAUGCUUAGUUUCAAACGAGUUGUGGCUAACGAAUUCGAAGCUCUUCAGGACUACAGUUCAGAGAUUAAUCCAAUGGGCUUUGUCAAGGCUGACACGAUUCAAAAAGUCGAAGCAAUCCAAGCGACUCAAGAUCCUAAUGCAAUUGAGCUCGAUAUGGAUAUGUAG